ACCGAGGCCGAGCGGGGGCAGGGGGCUGCCCGCCAUGACCCCCCGGAGCCCGGCGUGAGGGGGCCGAGAUGCGGUGAUUUGCCAGCCCCUGCCACGGCCUCCCUUCUCGAGUUGCCCCCUCUGUCCACGACCCAGGGGGCCUGCCCCCCACAUCACCACCUGCCACCAUGUCGACGUCGUCUCUGCGGCGCCAGAUGAAAAACAUUGUCCACAACUACUCAGAGGCCGAGAUCAAGGUCCGUGAGGCCACGAGCAACGACCCCUGGGGUCCAUCCAGCUCACUUAUGUCCGAGAUCGCCGACCUCACCUACAAUGUCGUCGCCUUCUCGGAGAUCAUGAGCAUGAUCUGGAAGCGGCUCAAUGACCACGGCAAGAACUGGCGGCACGUCUACAAGGCCAUGACACUGAUGGAGUACCUCAUCAAGACGGGCUCGGAGCGCGUGUCACAGCAGUGCAAGGAGAACAUGUACGCGGUCCAGACGCUGAAGGACUUCCAGUACGUGGACCGUGAUGGCAAGGACCAGGGCGUGAACGUGCGUGAGAAGGCCAAGCAGCUGGUGGCCCUUCUGCGUGAUGAGGACAGGCUGCGAGAGGAGCGUGCCCACGCGCUCAAGACCAAGGAGAAGCUGGCGCAGACUGCCACGGCCUCCUCGGCAGCAGUGGGCUCAGGGGCCCCACCUGAGGCCGAGCAGGCCUGGCCGCAGAGCAGCGGGGAGGAGGAGCUGCAGCUCCAGCUGGCCUUGGCCAUGAGCAAGGAGGAGGCUGACCAGCCCCCGUCCUGCGGCCCUGAGGAUGACGUCCAGCUCCAGCUGGCCCUUAGUUUGAGCCGUGAGGAGCACGAUAAGGAGGAGCGGAUUCGACGUGGGGAUGACCUGAGGCUGCAGAUGGCCAUCGAGGAGAGCAAGCGGGAGACGGGGGGUCAGGAGGAGUCAUCCCUCAUGGAUCUUGCUGAUGUCUUUACGGCCCCAGCUCCUGCGACGUCCUCAGAUCCCUGGGGAGGCCCAGCACCCAUGGCUGCUGCCAUCCCCACGACCACCCCUGCUUCGGAUCCUUGGGGGGGACCCCCUGUCCCUCCGACUGCUGAUCCUUGGGGUGGUGCGGCCCCUACACCUGCCUCUGGGGACCCCUGGAGGCCUGCUGCCCCUGCGGGGCCCCCAGUUGACCCAUGGGGUGGGACCCAGGCCCCCGCAGCUGGAGAGGGGCCCACACCUGACCCGUGGGGGAGCUCAGAUGGUGGGGCCCUGGCCAGUGGGCCCCCAGCUUCCGAUCCCUGGGCCCCAGCCCCAACCUUCUCGGACCCCUGGGGGGGGUCACCUGCCAAGCCCAGCACUAAUGGCACCGCAGUGGCCGGCGGCUUCGAUGCGGAGCCUGACGAGUUCUCUGACUUUGACCGACUGCGCACAGCCCUGCCGGCCUCGGGAAGCAGCACAGGGGAACUGCAGCUGCUCGCAGGGGAGGCGCCCGCCCACAGCCCUGGGACCUUCGACAUGAGCGGGGUCGGGGGCUCUCUGGCUGAGUCUGUGGGGAGCCCCCCACCUGUGGCUGCCCCAACCCCCACGCCACCCACACGGAAGACACCGGAGUCGUUCCUGGGGCCCAACGCAGCCCUCGUCGACCUGGACUCACUGGUGACUCGGCCGGGCCCCACGCUGCCAGGAGCCAAGGCCUCCAACCCCUUCCUGCCCAGCGGAGCUCCGGCCACCGGCCCCUCCGUCACCAACCCCUUCCAGCCUGCGCCCCCUGCGACGCUCACCCUGAACCAGCUCCGGCUCAGCCCUGGGCCCCCGGUCCCGGGGGCGCCACCGACAUACAUCUCUCCUCUGGGUGGGGGCCCAGGCCUGCCCCCCAUCAUGCCCCCGGGCCCGCCGGCCCCCAACACUAACCCCUUCCUCCUAUAAGCGGGGCGGGAGGGGCUGGCCUGCCCCGCUGCCCCCUGGGACGCAGUGUUGUGGAGUGCAUGUGAAGCCCCCCGCCCCCGGGGCACUACACUACACCUCUCCCCCCCACCCCGAGACUGGACAUGGGGUGGGGAGGGUGCGGCCACAGGAGGGCCCUUUCCGUGGCAUUAUAAAGGAGGGACCGCCGCGCCCUGUCCCGUCCUCCUGACUGGCCCUCGAUCAGUGUUGAGCCUCCUCCCCUCACACCCUUGGUGAAUCCUUGGUGAUGAUUUUGGCAACUUCGGGAAUAAAUGGCAAUUCUCAUGGG